AUGGCUGCAGUUGAUAAGCAACGCAGAAGCGCCUCAUUGAACCCUGAAACGUCUUCUUGCAGGGCUGGCGCAGGUGUCUGUCUUGUGCGGCAUAUGAGAGGUCAAUCGCUUGGGUAUCAAUCUCACACCCACUGGCAAUGGGUGAGGUCGCAGUACACCGACACCGGUCCGUCUGCAUCAGACAGCUUCUGGCCUAGGAAGGAAAUUAUGCCACUUAAAACAGCGAUUGAGCGAGGCUGGAUGGGGACCACCCUCAGAGAGGAUGAUAUUUCCCGACCCUCCAUCUCAAAGGUCUUGAAUAUCGUCCGAGAUGGACAGGAUAUUGUUGGGGCCGUCAUCAUCGCGGUACGGGGCGAGAUGUUACGGAUUCCAUGCAGACCGUGGAUCCAUCGCGCAUUGUAG